GCUGCGUUAUCUCUGCGGAAAUUGGUCGUAAAGGGAAAGGGUUCGAUCGGAGGCGGGGCUGGCAGGGGCCGGGAGCGCGGGGAUGGGCUGUAAGCCUGCAUGCAGGUGGACGGGUGGCCGAGUCGACGACGGCGGCGCGAAGUAUGGGGUCUCCGGCGGUGUUCAGCCUUCCAGCCACCGGCCUGCAGCCGCCCUUCGCCUUCCCGCCCUUCGGCCCCGCGGGGCCGCUCUGGUGGACGGUGGUGCUGACGCAGCUCGAGACGACCACCACGCCGAAGCCCUCGAGCGCAAGCCCCCCAAUCGUGGCCGUGCUACCCCCCUUCGCGCCCUACCCGCCCUACCCGCCCUACGCUCCCUACCCGCCCUACCCGCCCUCCGGCCCCGCCCCUCUCCCGCCGCAGGCCCCGCAGGGCCUCUGCAACGUCAACUGCCCGGCCGUGUGGGACCCGGUGUGCUCCGUCAACGGGGUUGGCUACAUGUACAACUUCGCCAACCAGUGCGCGUUGCAGGCACAGAACUGCGUCAGCGGCUCAGGUGUGGCCUGCAAACUCUUCUCGCGACUCCGUGCGAAAAGCGGUGAUCAGAGUGCAAAUAGGAACGUGGAUUUUUGUUUGCAUCGACUUCGCACGCUCGUUAAAAUGUGUGGAAAUUGUGGAGAACGGAGGAUGAAAUCAGUGGCUGUCUCUAGCCGAAGGUAAAAGUUCACGUUGCCGAUUGCUGUUCCUGUUUUGAUAAAGAUUUUUUCUGGUGACGAGUCUUGAAUCCAAAACGCAAAGUAGCCAACUCCAUGGGACGUAUUACCGAGCAUUGGAGCUGAAUUGAGCUGUACGGUGGUGUCAUUUGUUUCAGAUUUUCGAU